AGCAAAAAAGGAAUUGCUUAAUAUAGUUAACAAUCCAAUUCCAAAAUUCCAAUUUCAUACAUAUAUAUUAGAUAUAAAUUUGAUAGAGCAAAUGAAACAAAAGAAGUGUAUAGUUUUUGGCAGGAUCGGUCCAGCAUGAUGAGCUCAACAACUAGUGGGGUUUCAGCGGCUGCCCUUCCUCAGCAGCUACCUUCUCAAUCUCGUACUUUCAAACCCAAAUCAGAAUGGGUUCAUGAAAAUGAAGCUAAGGUCUUGUUUCUUUAUCUUCCUGGGUUUACAAUGGAGCAAUUAACAAUAAGCCCGGAGUACUCAAAACAACGGGUAAAGGUUGAAGGAAAGCGUCGGCUUCCCAACAACAGAUUGCUCCCUGUAAACGAAACAUUCAACAUUCCCGAUGAUUGCGACUUGUCUAACAUGCUCAAAGAAUUUGAGAAAGGCACUCUCUCCCUUAAAUUCCCCAAGGUUUUAUCACAGCAACAUAAACAGACAGGGGUUAAUGCCAAAAGUGAUGAAGGGGAAAAGAAAGAUCAAACUGAUGAUGCCAACAAGAAAGCAGCAGAUGAAAGCAAUGAGAAUGGCAAGGAAUAUUCGUCCACGCCAUCCAUGCCCCAAAACAAUCUGGAAAAGAAAGAUCAGACUGAUGAUGCCAACAAGAGAGCAGCAGAUGAAAGCAAUGAGAAUGGCAAGGAAUAUUCGUCCACGCCAUCCAUGCCCCAAAACAAUCUGCAACCUUCCUCUCCGGAUGUGAAUUUGAUGGUGAAUGUGGGCGCAGCAGUGCUGAUUAUUAUGGCACUAGGAGCUUCUCUCUUUUAUACCAUUUCUCAUUAACUAGGCACCUCUUAGUUCAUCUCUUUCAACAAAUUGUACUUAGUUUUAUUGUUUAACAAUUUAAAUAUAUAAAUAUUUAUAACUCGUUAAAUUAAUUUUAUAUCAAACUCAUCAUUAUAUCGAAAAAAUACUUAUUACUCCGAUAAG